AUGAAAAGCAAAAGAGCCGAGGCCGAAGAGAAGCCUGUUGUCUCUGUCGAACCCGACAGGAAGCGCAAGCGCGAGGAUGAUGGCGCCGACGUGAAAAAGGCCAAGAAGGAGAAGCGAGACAAGAAGUUCAAGAAGGAGUCGCGCAAAGAGCGCAAGGAGAAGCGCAAGGAUCUACAGGAUCUCCCCGAACAAGACGACGAUAUCGAAGAUACCCAAGAUAUCCCGAUGGCCGAUGCAGACGAUAAGCCCGCCGAUACCACUGUAGACGCUGAAAAGUCUGCAAAGAAGGAAAAGAAGAAGGAGAAGAAGGAGAAAAAGGCCAAGGUCGAGGAAGAGCAGCAGGGCACCAGCGCCGACGUCGAAACGAAGGAUGAGCCCAAGAGCAAGAAGAAGAACAAAAAGCAAAAAUCCGCAGAGACGGCCACCGAAUCUGCCGACGCAAAAGAAGACACCACCGACGCAAAGACCAACGGCAAGGCGGACCGCCAUAUUGUCUUUGUCGGCAACCUGCCCUUUACCGCCACCGCUGAGACCAUCAAAGCUCAUUUUGCCUCUUUGGAUCCCGUGGGAGUCCGCUGCAUGAGCGAUCCCAAGGACUCAAAGCCCUGCCGUGGUUUCGCAUUUGUCGAAUUCGCAAAGGUCUGGCAUAUGCGAACAUGUCUUGACAAAUUCCACCAUUCCGAGUUUACGGAUGGUACUUCCUAUCCUCGUCGCAUCAACGUCGAACUAACUGCGGGUGGAGGCGGAAAGACAAAGCAACGACAGGAAAAGAUCAAGGAGAAGAAUGUCAAGCUAAACGAGAACCGCACCAAGCGUAUCGAGCGGGAGAGAAUUGCAAAGGAAGAGAGCAGCAAGGCCAACGCCGACAGACGUCCAGCAGGCGAUGACGGCAUUCACCCCAGUCGACGUGCCCAUAUUCCUGGUAAAAAGUGGUGA